UCAUAUUUCAAGGAGUUAUGUGGCCUCUUCGAAGAUUAUUAUACCUUAUUCCGUGGUAUAAUGAUUCAAAGCGAAGCCUAAAUAAACUGAUAUUUUCACGACUAAUUUAGCUUCUAUUCCUCAGUAUACAAAGGAAAUUUCAUACGCUAACGGUUUAGAAAUCUAAUAAUUCAUUUUAUUAGUUGAUAAUUAGUUUGAUACAUUCUUAAUUAAGUAAAUAUCUCUUGAUUUGUAGUUCUCUUAUGGUAUUAUCAUUAUAUAUCUCUCCCUUUACUAUGUUUGCCAAGGCACUGAGGAAACAAGCGGCGCACUCGCUAACUUUUAGCAAUCGUGCUACUUUUUUCUGGCUCGUUAGGGGAAAUGGAUCAAUGGUGGCAAUCAAUUAACUUUAAUUUAAUUUACCCCUUACUUGAUUUCCUUUCUUUUAAGCUUAUAACGAAACAAUUGAUUGGUUCACGUAUAUGAAGUUAUAAUGCUCAGACAAUUGGCUACAGCUAGUGUAGCGUUACGGUAUCCAAUUGCCCGUAUCGCAGCUCCAGUGUUCAUACCCCACGCUUUAAAACAAUUAAGAUACUAUUCAAAGGAUAUAGAACAGAUUAAACACCAAGCUGAUUCCAAUGAAGCUGAUAAUUCAGCAUCAACAACAGGUGUCAUUGACGUUGAGGGUCAGAAUGAAGUGGUUGUUUAUUAUGAUCAUAUCUAUCCUAUCUCAUCAUCAAAGAGUACUUUCAAACAAACAUUAGCUUUAUAUGCUAGUAUUCAAAAUCAAAGUGUGAAGCAAUUGACUGAAAAGGUGUUGGACAUAUCAUCUCCAUUACCUGAAGGAGCAGAAGUAAUUGACUUUGUUCCGGUGAAACGUGAUUGUGGUGCCUUUGUUAAAUUCCUGGUCCCAGAAGGUUCAGCUCCAAAGGAUGUAUUUAGAACUAUUCAAGACAAUAUUAAACUUAAAAAGGAAUUAUAUGAUAUAAAUCCAAUUAGAUAUAUUUUCAAUCGGAUUUGGAAUCAUUUCCCCAGUGCAUAUGCUGUAAAAGGUACUCCUUGGAUUGAAGAUUUAAGAAGAUACCCUACUACCAAAUUAAAAGUCAAAUAUGAAGGUCACCCAUUGACUGAAGAAGAGUUAUAUGUCUUAUUUAGAAGGUAUGGUUUGAUUGUGGAUAUAAUCCCAGGUAGUGAUGUUGCUACUAUAAUAUUUAGACACAUUCGUUCAGCAAUAGCAGCUAAGAAUUGUAUUACUGGUAUUAGUUUAAAUGGAGAUAAAACUGUACUUCAUUUGCAAUAUAUCCCAGUUCAAAGAGUUAAUUAUAUCACUGAUUUCGUAGUGAAUCAUCAAAGAAUCGCUAUACCAGUUUUAUUAGCUUUAGCUGCCACUAUUGCCGUUUUGAUUUUUGAUCCAAUUAGACAAUGGUUUAUUGAACUGAAAAUUACCAAGAAAUAUUCCUUGGAUACCUACAAGAAUAAUAGAGUUGUCAAAUUCUUUUAUAUUCCUUAUAAGACAGUCAGAAGUUGGAUAACUGAUAGUUAUGAUUAUCUUGAUGAAACUAUCACCAAUCAAUUUGCCGAAAGAAAUCAUAACUCAAUUGGUCAAUCUGAGACUGAAUCUGCCUCGUCAAGUCAAAACAUAAACUUAUUAUGGAAUGAACGGUAUGAAAAAUCAAAACAAUUGAAGUUAUGGAUUUACGAAAAUGUUAAUACUUUCAUAAUUGUAAAGGGUCCAAAAGGAUCAGGAAAGGAAGAAUUCGUAUUUGAUCAUACCUUAUUUGAAGAUGAAAAGUUACUGGGUAAAAUCCUUACUAUUGAUUGUGAUGCAUUAAGUAAAUCUAGAUCAGAUAAUACAUUGCUUAACAACACUUCAAGUCAAUUAGGUUAUUUCCCAGUAUUCACAUGGACCAAUUCUUUAUCUCAAUUUAUUGAUCUUGGUGUUCAAGGUUUAACCGGACAAAAAUCAGGAUUAAGUGAAAGUAAAGAAACUCAAGUUAAGAAUAUGUUCCUGUUAACUACCCAAGCUAUCAGAUCCAUCGCAACUCAAGAUUAUCAAAAGUACUAUAAUGCCAUGAUGAAGAAGAAUUCUAGAUUAGAACAAGGUGAGAAGAUUGAAAUUUUGAGAGAAGAAGAAUAUUUACAACAGCAUCCUGAAUGUAAACCAAUCAUUGUGAUUAAUAAAUUUGCUAGAAGAGCAGAUCAAAGUAAUAAUGAUUUUAUAUUCCCCUUGAUUGCAGAUUGGCUGGCUGGUUUAAUUCAAAAUAAUUUAGCUCAUGUUAUUUUCAUCACAUCUGACGUUGGAAGUGUACAACAUUUGAAUGCAGUCUUGCCUAAUCAAGUCUUCAAGACUGUGGCCUUAUCCGAUGCCUCAAGCAGUAGUGCCAAACAAUAUUUAACUGAUCAAUUGAGCUUGAAAGAUUCUAGAUCUAUUGAAGGUAUGUUUGAACCAUUAGGGGGUAGAAUGCUUGAUUUACAAGCAUUUAUAAGACGUAUCAGAUCAGGUGAAGAACCUCGUGAAGCCUUGGAUGAAAUGGUAGGUCAAGCUGCUGAACAAAUUACUACAUUCUUCCUUAAUAAUCAAAAAUUGGAAGAUGACAGUGAUUGGAAUUCAGCUCAAGUUUGGACUAUAAUGAAAUUAUUAUCAAAAUCAGAUGAAAUCUCCUAUCAAGAAUUGAUCAAGUCACCUUUAUUCAAAGCAUCAAAGGAAACAAAUGGUACUUUAUCUACCUUGGAAAAGCAUGAUUUGAUUACUUUGAGAAGAGAUAAGGGAAUUUUACAUAGUAUCUCGACUGGAAGACCAAUUUUCAAAGCUGCAUUUAGACAAUUGAUUAAUGAUAUUAGUAUAUUCAAGAUCUAUGAAACUGAUUAUUUAAAUCAAUUAAUUUCAACUGAAGUUAGCAAAAUUCAAAAAUUAGAAACUGAAUUAACAAACAUUUAUAGUGCUCGUGUCAAAUUAGAGGGCCGUAUAUCAUAUUUAACCCUGAAGAUUGAAGCUUGUAAUACCAAGGUUAUCAACUAUGAAACGAAAAUAGCUGAGAUUAGUAAGAUAACAUCAUUACCAGGAGGACAAGAAGGAUCAAAGGGAUUUUUAGGAUUGUUUUAGUUACGCACACAUAUGUAUAUAGUUUAGUGUAUUCUUGUUUAUUUUAUUUAUUUA